AUGAUCGCCAUAAUCCUUGCACUGUUGACAAUAUCGCCAGCCAAUGCUUUCAAAGUCGUCUCAAUUGAGGAAUUCAAAGCACGCCCGAUUCCUGAGUUUGCCAAACACUUAGAGGGGCAGGAACUGGUUGACUAUAUCAACGCGAAUCAGCCCUUCUACAAGGCAGGCUUGCCUAAAUUAUCUUACAAGCAAUUUAAAUCACGCUUGAUGAAAUCGGAACCCUUCGUUGAUGAAAGCUUACGAGCUCCAGAAAUUUAUUCGUAUGAAGAAAUUCCAGAAAGUUUUGAUGCGCGAGAGAAGUGGCCGGAGUGCACAUCCAUCUACACCAUCCGUGACCAAGCAAACUGCGGAUCAUGUUGGGCUGUCUCUGCGGCAUCAGCUAUGUCUGAUAGGUUGUGCAUCGCCACGAGAGGAAUGAAUCAGGUUUAGAU